GAGGCCGUUGGUGUGACCUCCUCACGGCUGAAGGAAGAACCGUCACACAGCAGCUAAACUAGUCGUUGCAUUGGGACACUAUAUCGGAACUUUUAAAAAGCCGUUUACAGUAACCCUCUAAUAGAGGUGUGUGUGUGGGGGGGGGGAAGCGACCGGUCCACAAGACAUCGCUAGGACAUAUUGAGAAACCGUGAUGGAGGAACACCUGUCUAACAUCCAUCCUUCCUCGUCUCCGAGUGACUCUUCAGGGAGCAGUGGCACCGACUGUGACAGCAGAGGAGCAAAGAGUCCAGCCCCGGGUAAAGCCCUGAGUCCAGCCCUGCUCUGUAAGGUCUGUGGGGACACCAGCAGUGGAAAACACUACGGCAUCUACGCCUGCAACGGCUGCAGCGGAUUCUUCAAACGCAGCGUCCGACGGAGACUCAUAUACAGGUGUCAGGCUGGUACGGGCAUGUGCCCAGUGGAUAAGGCCCAUCGUAAACUACAGUGCCAAGCCUGUCGGCUGAAGAAGUGCCUCCAGGCGGGCAUGAACAAAGAUGCUGUCCAGAACGAGCGUCAGCCCCGCAGCACGUCUCAGGUGCGUCUGGACUCCAUCGACGUGGACACAGACAAGGAGCAUCUGUCCACCACACGGGAUCCCACUUCCUCUUCUACUUCCUGCUCAGUGAUCACCCGACCUCACAUCACCUCCACCUCAAUCAGCUCGUCGUCUGCCCCACCGCAGCGCUGUGCACCCCCCAGCCCACAGAACAACCACCGCUUCAUGGUCAGCCUCAUGACCGCUGAGACCUGCGCUAAACUGGAGCCUGAGGAUGUUGAUGAGAACAUAGAUGUGACCAGUAACGAGCCAGAGAGGGAGUCCUCAGACUACCACUUGUCCCUGUACCCUUCCAGUACAGAGAAUGUGUACGAGACGUCAGCCCGGCUCCUCUUCAUGUCUGUUAAAUGGGCCAAGAACCUGCCAGUGUUCUCCAAUCUCCCAUUCAGAGACCAGGUAAUCCUGCUGGAGGAGGCGUGGUCUGAACUCUUCCUGCUGUGUGCCAUCCAGUGGUCUCUCCCCCUGGACAGCUGUCCUCUGCUGUCCCUCCCCGACCUGUCCCCACCAACCAUGCAGAGCAAGACAUCCUACACCAGCGUGGACCUGCGUCUGCUCCAGGAGGUCUUCAGUAGGUUCAAAGCCCUGGUCGUAGACCCCACUGAGUUUGCCUGCCUCAAGGCCAUCGUCCUCUUCAAACCAGAGACCCGAGGUCUGAAGGACCCGGAGCAGGUCGAGAACCUACAGGAUCAGUCCCAGGUGAUGUUGGGACAACACAUCAGAUCACAUUACUCCAGUCAGCCUGCCAGAUUUGGGAAGCUCCUCCUGUUGUUGCCCUCUCUGCGUUUCGUCAGCUCUGAGCGGAUCGAGCUCCUCUUCUUCCACAGGACCAUCGGCAACACCCCCAUGGAGAAACUUCUGUGUGACAUGUUCAAGAACUAAUACACGGAAAAACAAAAUGGACGCUGAGUUUAAACUGCACUGAGACACACCGCAAGUGAACAUGCCUGAAAGCGAACAAACUGAUGUGUGUAACAGGAUGUUGUAAAUAUCUUAUUGCUGUGUGUAAAGGAAACCAUGUCAUUAUGUAAUUGCUGUACGAGAGUAAACAGACCUGCUUUUUUGAGCUUGAUAACGUGUUAUAAUGGGCUUUGCUGUGUGUUGGACCCCAGACUCAAAAUGUCCUUUGCUGUGGGCAGAAUGUUUGUGUCUCAUGUCUUCAGUUACAUUUCAGUCUAGUCGUCCAUGGUCUAUAUUUUUCACGAUGUAAUGUAAUAUAUUUACAUAAAAUCUGUUUCGUCUUAGACACUGUACAUUUCUGCUGUCAUAAAUAUGUCUGCUGUAUUUAUGAUUUCACGCCUUCAUAAAUUGAAACUUGUA